AUGUCCUCUAGAUUGAGAAUUUUAGUUCCUGUGAAAAGAGUGAUAGAUUAUGCUAUUAAGCCGAGAAUAAACAAAGCGCAAACAGGAAUAGAGACCAAAGGUGUUAAGUUCAGUAUUAAUCCAUUUUGCGAUAUUGCAUUAGAGGAGUCGAUUCGGAUUAGAGAGAAAACUCCUGAAGCUGUCGAAAGCAUCCAUGCUGUAUCUAUUGGACCUUUGAAGGCACAAGACAUUUUGAGAGUUGCUUUGGCCAAAGGUGCAGACACAUCAACUUUAGUUGAAACUAAAGAAGAAGAAAUAGUUGAACCAUUACAAGUAGCUAAGCUUUUACAAAAAGUAGUUGAAAAAAAAAAUUCGAAUCUUGUUGUAUUAGGCAAACAAGCCAUUGAUGAUGACUCAAACCAGACAGGGCAGAUGCUUGCAGGGUUAUUAAACUGGCCACAAGCUACAAAUGCAUCUAAAGUUGAAGUUGAGGGUGACGAAGUAUAUGUCACUAGAGAAAUUGAUGGUGGUGGUGAAGUAUUGAAAGCUAAAUUGCCAAUGGUCAUCACGGUUGAUUUGAGGUUGAACGAACCAAGGUACGCAAGUUUGCAGAAUAUAAUGAAGGCAAAGAAAAAGCCAUUGGAAAAAAUUAAGCCACAAGACUUGGGUGUUGAUCAAAUCGAUAGCAGGUUGGAGAUUUUGAAGGUGGAAGAACCACCUGCAAGACAUGCUGGUGUUAGAGUGGAAAAUGUUGAUCAAUUAGUUGCAAAGUUGAAAGAACUUAAGGUCAUUUAA